UUUGCAGGACUUUCUGAUAUAUCCAUCUCGCAAGACAUCCCGAUAGAAGGAGAGAUCACCAUUCCUAUGAGGUCUCGCAUUCGAGAAUUUGACAGCUCCACAUUAAAUGAAUCUGUUCAGAAUACUAUCAUGCGUGACUUAAAAGCUGUUGGGAAAAAGUUCAUGCAUGUUUUAUAUCCAAGGAAGAGUAACACUCUUCUGAGAGAUUGGGACUUGUGGGGCCCUUUGAUCCUUUGUGUGACACUUGCAUUAAUGCUGCAAAGAGGCUCUGUGGAUAGCGAAAAAGAUGGAGGGCCCCAGUUUGCGGAAGUAUUUGUCAUUGUCUGGUUUGGAGCAGUUACUAUCACCCUCAACUCAAAACUUCUUGGUGGAAACAUAUCUUUUUUUCAGAGCCUGUGUGUGUUGGGUUACUGCAUACUUCCCUUGACAGUGGCAAUGCUGAUUUGCCGCCUGGUACUUUUGGCAGAGUCAGGACCAGUAAACUUUAUGGUUCGGCUUUUUGUGGUGACUGUGAUGUUUGCUUGGUCUGUUAUCGCCUCCACAGCUUUUCUUGCUGAUAGCCAGCCUCCAAAUCGCAAAGCUCUUGCUGUGUAUCCUGUUUUUCUGUUCUACUUCGUCAUCAGUUGGAUGAUUCUCACUUUCACUCCUUAGUAAACAGGAGGCAAGUUUAACAUCAGUGAACUGAAGACUCAUGUGAAAGAUACAGUUCACUAAGGAGUUUUGACACUACCCUUUUUGUCUGGAUUUGGAGGUAUUAAAAGGGAGCCGUACAGCAUGAAGCACUGUCGUCACUUAUAUAUGGACUGAUGUUUGCAAGGCUGUCCCUUUCCUCUUACUGUUCUGUCUUUCAAAUACAUGUGCAUACUACACACAGUAUAAUGCCUCCCGAAGGCAUGAUGGAGUCACUAUGGUCCAUUUGGGUGACAACCAGUGACUCAGAAAGCACAUGGAUACACCCUAAAUUGAAUAGAGUUGGUAACUAUUUUCAGCUUUGAGAGUACCAGUUCAGGUGCAGCUCUUAAACAUAUUGCCUUAUGACUAUUAGAAUAUGCCUCUCUUUUCACAAAUAACAAUGGAUAGUCUGUAUCCAUUUUCUUUUCUUUUUCUUUCUUAAGCUUAAAAAGGCAAUGACGGGUUAGGAAAGAGAUUUGUAAAAGUGGGAGCGGAAACGUGCAUUAACCAGCAUUCCAAUUUGAUCAAAGACAAUUCUAUACUUGUUACUUGCUUUUUUUAAAUAAAGCAAAGGACAUCUAAAGAAUUAGCCUCAUGGCGAGCACCUCAGUUGACACUCUAGUUUUUAAUCUUGCUCCCUAGUUUUGAAUAUGCAAUGUUAGUAGCUCACAUGUAAUAUUCCUUUGUCUGAAAUUCUCAGUGGUCCAACAUUGGAACUUACCCAAGUAGAACUCAGAAUUUUAGAUUGGUAGGUCUCUAACACAUAUUACCAUAUGGCUACCUUCUUUUAAGGUAGUUUAGAUACCGCAUAGCUACAAGGAAAUCUUCAUUAUUUUGUGUAGUCCAGCCUCUGACUAGAGAAAGGAAAGCUAAAUCAGAAGUGUGCAUUUAAUCAAGUUAACAUGGAAGGUUUAGUGUUCCGAUGGCUGGUUGACAGAAUAGAUUCCUACAGCAUGAAUGGAGGGUUAGUUGAGUUUACAGCUGCUGUCUCUCUUUAGUGGGUUAGCAGUUUCUUUGUUAGAUGAGAUUUUUGGGCUGGGAAAUAGCAAUUUAUUUUCUGUGUUUUAAACUUUAUUUGUAAAGCUAAUUAGCUCCCAUUUAGACAAGUACAUUUUGCACAGGUACACCUACUUAUACUCAGAUAUUUAUGCACACAGUGUGAAAGCUUUUCAGGGAGCAGAGCAUCUGGGACAGGCUGGUUCUCAGCUAAACAGGGCUCCUUUAAGGUAAUAUGAGCUGUUGCCUUCUAUAAAUUGCACAUUGAGGAACUCUAAUAGACAAAGAUUAGAAGUCAGGCCGGAAACAUUCCUGUAAAUAUGCAGUUACUUACAAAGAUAGGAAUUUCUUACUCAUUUUUUCUUUAACAUACAGUUUAAAUAUUUAUUCAUUUUGUAUUUAAAAGGUACCUACAUAUACAUUUAUGAUUCUAAAAGCAUAAUUUCUCUGUCCCUAGAUUAACCAAGCAAUCAUAGUCCAAAUGGAUUCUUGGAACCAUACUCAAUUACAGAGUUGGUCCCCUCUGUCCCAACCUUGGCCAAAGUUUUCACUUAUUUAUUCAUAUUCACUGCAGUUUACCAUUUAAAAUGUCAAACACUUGUGAGGACAAACCUGAUGUUUCAGUCUUGAGUUGGUAAAGAAAAUAUUCUGCAACUGAUUCUAAAUUUGAGAUUGAUCCUAAAUUACCAUCCAUUUCCAUUGUCUGAAAGUUUCUAACUUCCCACUAAGUAUUUUUCUCCCAAAGUUGUGUUUUUAAUCUGCUCUAGUGAUUAUAAUGUAUAAUUAAAGAGGUUACCUUGCUUCUCAAAGGAAAUGAAGUCUUUACCACAUUUUGCUCAGGUGAAACA